GAGCGCAGCUCCUCUGGGCCGGCGUUGCCUGCACGCACCGCGCCGGGGAGCGGCUCUCCCAGGCCUGCCCGGGCGGCGGCUGCCAUCCCGGACUGCAGCUUCCCGCCUCGAGCCUGAGCUGAGGACUCAACCCAGGGCCUCAGCCAGCGGGAGGGGCGCCCACCCGCUGUGUGCAGCCGUGCAGGGAGGCGGUGAGCCGGUGCAGAGCGGCCGGAACCCUGUGUGUGUGUGUGUGUGUGUGUGUGUGUGUGUGUGUGUGUGUGUGUGUGUGUGUGUUCGCCUGCGUGCUUUUCUUCUUCCCUUGAAGAUGUGAGAUGUGAAUGGCUUCUCAGCUAGCUGGUCCUUAGGAUUCUAGACUUUGUGGAGCUGUGAGCACAACGCACCCAUGUAAUUCAUGUUGUGUGGUCGGUUAUCUUAGAAAAAAAAAGGCGCAACUCGACGGGGGUGGGGCAGAACCAUGAAACAUUCUGGAAAGGAGAAAUAGAAGCGGGGGGGGGGAUAGAAAUAUGAAUAUUGAAAGACCUGAGAAGACUUUUGGGAUCUCCCGGCUGGCCCUUCAGUUUUCCAGCACAAAUCUGGAGAUUUUCCACCUUUUCAAGUCAUCUUGGUGUUUCUCUAGUGUUUUGUAAGCCUCUUUCCAGCUAGCUGCGUGUGUGUAAGCGUGUGUUUGUGCGCCUGUGUAUGUGCGCGCUCCUAUCGGAUGCAUUUGACAGUCUUUUUUCCAACUGCCCAGAAGCAAACGUGUUAACUCAGAGAUGCCCCUCCAUACCCAGGUUCUCGCAGAGCGUGGAGGACACCCAGACCCGUUUUCCUGGCUGGAUUCUGGGAGGCUGCUGGGCAGUGAACCCAGGUGUAUGGAUCACUUAAUCCAGAGGCUUGGGAAGUGGCUGUAUUAACCAGCUUCCAGGUACAUCGCAAGGUCAAGAGAGGGACUUGCAGCUGUAAUCUUUCCCUGCAUCUUGACUUUCCUGUUUUGGUCCGAAGAAUAUGAAUGUGUCUGUCCACUACAUUUGAAGCCCAAACUUCAAGCACUCCGAGCUGGUUUACUGUACAAACAAGGUAAUGAGGAUUGCUUUUCGAACUGCUUAACGAAUCUCCGACGCUUCCAUAGCCCUUCCAGGACUUCCUUACUCCCCAGCGAAAUGUCACCAGCUUUUGAAUUCCAAGGAUUUGGCUGCAGGAGAACUUGAAGGAAACGUGAUCAAAGGGCUAUGUGAGAAAGCGACUGCUCUCUUUACUGGUGGGCUGGUGGGCUUCCGGACCGGAUCUUGAGAAGGAUCAGUACUGUUUCUCCCUCCCGGUGCGGUUCUGGGAGUGCUUGUGCAAGUGUGAGUGCGCGCGCGCCUGGCUGAGAAUGUGUGAGUGUGUGUGAGCGUGUCUCUGUGUGUGCGCGGCCGCCCUGCUUCUGCCCGCUCCCCGGGCGCGGAGCCACCGGUUUCAUGGGGCGAUUUGCGCUGUUUCCCCACCCAGCGCGACCUGCGAUCAGCGACGGCAGGGGCAGGAGCCACCUCUCUGACUCCCUAGGAUGCGGGUGCUGAGCUAUGGCAAAGGGCAGCCAAGUAAUGAGCGAGACCCCAGUACGACUGUGAAAGCCACCUGGAGCCACCUUGCCUGGAUUUUACCUGCCGGCAGAAAGUCUUCCUAUGACCGUCUUUCCCCCUAGAGGCACCAGAGUCCCUGUAUCCAUUCAGCCAGGUGUUGAGAAGAUAUGUAGCAGCUGACAACCUUCCGUCUGACACCAAUCUCAGAACCAGCAUUGGAAAUGCGUUCACCCUGCCAGUCUUCUGCAGCAGCCAGGCCAAGUGCUGAUUCCUUCAUGGUAGUAAGGAACUCUUCAGGCUCCAGAAGCUCUUAAUCCUGAUCUACAAUGGAAAAAUUCCUUUUUUACCUGUUUCUCAUUGGCAUAGCUGUGCGAGCUCAGAUCUGUCCAAAGCGUUGUGUCUGUCAGAUUUUGUCUCCCAAUCUUGCAACCCUUUGUGCCAAGAAAGGGCUUCUAUUUGUUCCACCAAACAUUGACAGAAGAACUGUGGAACUACGGCUGGCAGACAAUUUUGUUACCAACAUCAAAAGGAAAGAUUUUGCCAACAUGACCAGCUUGGUGGACCUGACUCUAUCCAGGAAUACAAUAAGUUUUAUUACACCCCAUGCUUUUGCUGAUCUACGAAAUUUGAGAGCAUUGCAUUUGAAUAGCAACAGAUUGACUAAAAUUACAAAUGAUAUGUUCAGUGGGCUUUCAAAUCUCCACCAUUUGAUAUUGAACAACAAUCAGCUGACUUUAAUUUCUUCCACAGCAUUUGACGAUGUUUUUGCUCUCGAGGAGCUGGACCUGUCCUAUAAUAAUCUAGAAACGAUUCCCUGGGAUGCUGUAGAGAAGAUGGUGAGCUUGCACACCCUUAGUUUGGAUCACAACAUGAUUGACAACAUUCCUAAGGGAACUUUCUCCCACUUGCACAAAAUGACGAGGCUAGAUGUAACAUCAAAUAAACUGCAAAAGCUGCCUCCUGAUCCUCUCUUUCAGCGAGCACAGGUGCUGGCCACCUCAGGAAUCAUAAGCCCAUCGACUUUUGCAUUGAGUUUUGGUGGAAACCCCUUGCAUUGCAAUUGUGAGUUGCUGUGGCUGAGGCGAUUGUCAAGAGAAGAUGACCUUGAGACAUGUGCUUCUCCUGCACUUUUAACUGGCCGUUAUUUUUGGUCAAUCCCUGAGGAAGAGUUUUUGUGUGAGCCUCCUCUCAUUACUCGUCAUACUCAUGAGAUGAGAGUCUUGGAGGGUCAAAGGGCAACACUGAGGUGCAAAGCUAGAGGAGACCCUGAACCUGCUAUUCAUUGGAUUUCUCCUGAAGGGAAGCUGAUUUCAAAUGCAACAAGAUCUCUGGUGUAUGAUAAUGGAACACUUGAUAUCCUUAUAACAACUGUAAAAGACACAGGAGCUUUUACCUGUAUUGCUUCCAAUCCUGCAGGGGAAGCAACACAAACCGUGGAUCUUCACAUAAUUAAACUCCCUCACCUACUAAACAGCACCAAUCAUAUUCAUGAGCCUGAUCCUGGUUCUUCAGAUAUCUCCACAUCCACUAAGUCAGGUUCUAAUGCUACCAGUAGCAACGGCGAUACAAAAAUGAGUCAAGAUAAGAUUGUGGUGGCAGAAGCAACUUCGUCAACAGCAUUACUUAAAUUUAAUUUUCAAAGAAAUAUUCCUGGAAUCCGUAUGUUUCAGAUCCAGUACAAUGGUACUUAUGAUGACACCCUUGUUUACAGAAUGAUACCUCCUACGAGCAAAACAUUUUUGGUCAAUAAUCUGGCUUCCGGAACUAUGUAUGACUUGUGUGUCUUGGCCAUAUAUGACGAUGGCAUCACUUCUCUCACUGCCACAAGAGUCGUGGGUUGCAUCCAGUUUACUACGGAACAGGAUUAUGUCCGUUGCCACUUUAUGCAGUCCCAGUUUUUGGGUGGCACCAUGAUUAUUAUCAUUGGUGGAAUCAUUGUUGCAUCCGUGUUGGUUUUCAUCAUCAUACUAAUGAUCCGGUAUAAGGUUUGUAACAAUAACGGCCAACACAAGGUCACCAAGGUUAGCAACGUUUAUUCUCAGACUAAUGGGGCUCAGAUGCAAGGCUGCAGUGUCACACUGCCCCAGUCCAUGUCCAAACAAGCCAUGGGCCAUGAAGAGAAUGCCCAGUGCUGUAAAGUUGCCAGUGACAACGCGAUUCAGUCUUCAGAAACAUGUUCGAGUCAGGACUCUUCCACCACUACCUCUGCUUUGCCUCCUACCUGGACUUCAAGUGCGCCUGUGUCUCAAAAGCAGAAAAGAAAGACUGGCACGAAGCCAAGUGCUGAGCCGCAGAGUGAAGCUGUCACAAAUGUUGACUCCCAAAACACUAACAGGAACAACUCAACUGCCUUGCAGUUAGCUAGCUGCCCUCCUGAUUCUGUUACAGAGGGGCCCACAACUCAAAGAGCACAUACCAAGCCAAGUAAGUUUCUCACUGUGCCUGCCGAGGGACCUAAAUCCAGGCACAGGUCCUCCGUCAGUGGAGGUUUAAAGGAAUAUUUUCACUAUGGUAAUUCACAGAAGUCAUGGGAGCUGUCUUUUAAGAGAAGUGUGUCUAUGAAUACAAUGUGGAGUCGGCACUGCAUUUCUGAUAUAUGCUACGGAAAAGUAACUAUUUGAAAGGUGGAGUGUGUAUAGGAAACCUUUGUGUAAUCUAUUUUUUCUUUUGAAAAAUCACAACGAAAAUUCACUCAGGAAAUUGAAAUUUGAAAUUCUUCUCUUGUGUCUGAUACUUUCACUUCAGGUUUUUAUAAACCUUCUAAGGAAGAAAUAAGAAUAUAGUACCUUCAUAUACAUGCAUAAAGGUUACAUAAAUAAAAUAGCAAACUUGGGAGAGCAAGAGACCUCAACAGUGCUUUCUCCUACCCUAAGGCUAAUAUCCAAGUCCAGUGACAGCAAAUCACAUUUUUAAAGAAAUGGUGAGCACAGGGCCAAAAGAUUUCUCAGCCUGUAAAGGCACCAAACCUGUGAAGUCUGACCACUUAGUGAAUGGUAACCAACAACGGAAAGAGAGGAUGAACUUACACAGAUUGUCCUCUGACAGCCAUGCUAGUCCCACCCACCAUCUACACAAAAUAAAUAACAAUUUCUUAGGUAAAAUCCUAUCACAUAAAAAUUAGAGUUUUGUAAUUUAAAAGGAAGUUCAUUUGUGAAUAUGUGAAAAUUUUCAGUGAAGCCAUUACAUUAUUUCAGCAGCCAUUAUGUGGUAAAGACCAACUUAGUAUUUGAUUUAUUACUCAAAUUAAGCAUUCUUAGGAAUGCAAAAGUAAGUAAUCCUCUAAAUAACAGUCUUGGUUCAGGUGCCAAAAUUGGUCAAAUCUACUUUUCUUUCAUAAUUCAGUUGUUCAGUGGAAAAUAAAAUAAAAAGAUAUUUAUUCGACAUUUAUCAUAUAUGCUAAUCCAUAGAGAUAUAAAGAUGAUCACAUUUAUUCUGAGCACAACUGUUGAGUGAAUGUAUUUUACACUUUUUAAUACAAGGUAAAGAAUCAGAUAAAAAUGUAAGCCUGCUUUUUCAAACAGGUGUUUUCUUUUAUCACCAAGAAAACAAAAACUUCUAAAGGAUGAUUCAUCCCAGAACAAAUGGUAGAAAAUAAUUGUUCAUUAACCAGAAUAACGCUUUUCUCUUAUUUCAUAUAAUUUUGCUGCUGAAUGCUUGUCUUUUAAAGUAAAUU